AUGGAGGACGCCUUUGCACAGGUUCCGCUGUUCGCACCACUGCUCAUCGGUGACAAAUUUGAUUGGAAAUACUUGCCUGAGCAGCAAGAAAACGCCUGUCUUUCCAUGAAGGACCAGAGGUGUCCGUGGGCGCGCGGGAAGGCCAUGGGUGGCUCGAGCGCCAUAAACUUCAUGUUUUACGUCCGAGGAAACCGGCGCGACUACGACAUUUGGAGGGACAAAUUCGGAGCGUACGGAUGGUCUUACGACGAUGUGUUGCCGCACUUCAAAAACAUAGAAACGUCGAGAGUGCCAGACCAUGACGGGCAGGUGCUGUUCGAUGGGAAACGUGCCUUCGGAAUACGCUUUGCCAAUAAGCGCAAGGUGUACGAAGUGAACGCUACUCGCGAGGUCUUGAUCUCGGCUGGCGCUGUCGCUUCUCCACAGCUGCUCUUGCUGUCCGGCAUCGGUCCUCGGCAUGAUCUGGAGAAGCUUCAGAUUCCCGUCAUCCGCGAUCUACCAGUGGGCGAGAACCUUCAGGAUCACAUGCACGUCGAUGGCAUCGUUGGUACGCUUCGUCGACCGACCGGGCUUAACCUUUUCAGGCUUUCGACGGUCACAGACUACGCCUACAAGCGGUCAGGUCCCUUAUCCAUUCCUGCAUCCAUCGAAGCCCUUGCGUUUGUCAGUACGUCAUUUGUGAAUGAAUCACUGGAAUUCCCGGACGCAGAGAUCGCCUUGCAAUCACUGCCAUCUUCGGCGUUACCAUUGGAAUGCUACUUCGCAAGCAUGGGUCUCCGGAAAGACGCCUUCGUGUCGCCUCUGUUGAAAACCACGCCCCUGAAUCGGUCGUGGGAGGCACGGCUCACAGAACUGAACAUGGGAAGCCAACUGGCGACCAAUGACCUGGCACGCCAAGCCAAUGUUUAUAAUCAAUAUUACCUGCCCAACAGAGGACGGCACGGAUUUGCUUUGGCUCCUGUAAUGAACAGGCCGAAGUCGCGGGGUUACGUUAAACUGAGGACCACUGACCCGUUUGACAAGCCAAUCAUCGACCCAAAGUACUUGACUCAUCCUGACGACGUUAAAGCUGCAGUAGAAGGGGUGAAGAUUGCGCUACGCCUUAUGAAGAGCGAUGCCAUGCGAGCGGUAGGGGCGAAGCCUUGGAACAUUCCUUUUAAAUGGUGUCUCUCCGAAGGCUCGGUCUGGAGUGAUCCCUACCUGACCUGCCUUGUACGCCACUUGGCUCACACCACGUGGCACGCCUGCUGCACGUGUCCCAUGGGUAUGGACGAAAAGGCAGUACUGGACCCUGACCUCAGGGUAAGGGGUGUGAAGAAUCUGCGCGUCGUGGACGCAUCUGUCAUGCCAACAAUAGUGAGUGGAAAUCUCAACGCGCCUACCAUGAUGAUUGCCGACAAAGCAGCCGCCAUGAUUAUUCAAGACAAUCUGUAA